AUGAGAUGGAUUGUUGUUAUUAUUAUUUUUGGGGGUGUGAUGAGAUAUGCUAGCACUCGAUUUAUAGGGUGUUCACCUCCUCCAACUAGGGAGUUCAAACUCAAUACUUAUGGGGCAGCUAAAGUGAACACUAACGUAGCUAGUGGAGGGGGACUUAUCAAAGAUGAACAUGGGAACUGGAUCAAAGGGUUUUAUAGGAAUAUUGGGACAGCAUCAACGGUUGAAACAAAGUUAUGGGCUCUUUGGGACGGUUUGCGAUUGGCCUUGGAACUGGAUCUGAAAGGAAUUCAUGUGGAAACUGAUGCUCAAGUUACGUCAAACUUGCAAAAUUCAUUCGAAAAUCAUCAUUUCAACAAUCUUAUUUCUGAUUGUAGGUUCCUUAUGAGCCAACUGGAAGUAGCGAAUGUUGAGCACAUUUUUCGAGAAGCCAACAAAUGCGAGGACAUUUUAGCUAAUUAA